AUGUCUUCGUCUUCUUCCUCAUGGACCGAUUAUCUAACCGAAGCGACCCGUCGCAGCGCAACGUCAAUCAACCGAGCGAUCCUGAAGCGGCGAUUGGAAAAUCGCGAGAAGCGCGUGUUCUUGAGGAGAGGAGGAAAGGUUCAUGUGCGAAUUACUGAUCUUAGUCGAAGUGGGACCGUGAUAUCCACCGUCUACAACGACGCGACACAACUCGCUCGCGCUGUGGAUGCUGGCUAUGAAGAUACUCGGUUAUCGAUACAAUUGCUGACUCCUUCCAGCUCAAUCUACUCCGAAAACUCCAUCCGCCCGCUGAUGAUCACGUCGGAACUCAUGUGCCACAUCCUACGACGACACAAGGUCCAUCCGGAUUUCCUUCACGUGCUUCUCUCGUUUGGCGAAGAGCCGCAUGUUGCAGAGGCAGGGAGUAGCCAUUCUUCGGCCGGCUCUUCUUCAUCACAGAGGAAAGGAGCUCCGUCAUCCCGUGAGUCAAAGCAUCGUGCUUGGCCAAUGCAAACGCUAAAAGAUGGCAUCAUGGCGACAGAUAUUUCAUAUCAGAUGAAUUACGUUGAGGAGAACUUUCGAGACCCGCAUAACCCGUGGUCCUUCCGGCAUACAGGGGUAUACCAUCAGCAUCAGCAUGACGAUCAUCCGUUGCAAUUCGAUCUUUUCGUCCUUCUGCAUCCCAAUCAGAGCAGUGUUCUCGACGCCCAGGUUUUAGAAUGGCUGGGCAUUGACCCUUCCAAAACGCCGCUCGCUACGUCGUCAAGCACGUCUGACAUGCCGGACCCGGAGCGCCUGCACUUGCUGGUGCUGUCGUCCUUCCUGGACAACUGGCGAUGGUACUUGCGGUAUCUGGGCGAGAGGUUUAAUGACGCGACCGACGCGGCCAUGACCAUGCAGCCCGACGAGGCCGAUCCAAACGAAAGCUUCAAAAGAGUGACCGAAUUGCGCAAUGUCAACGACUGGGCGUAUCAAGCGCAGGCAUGCUGCAGCAACAAUCUCGACGUGGUGCGAAAGCUGAAGGAGAGCGUUGACGACGAGACGAAUGAGCUGGUCUCCUUCGAAACCGCCUUGGCGGGGUAUAUCGAAAGCUGUGAAGCAUUGCUGCCUCGGAUUCGAAACACCAUUGACUUGGUCGGGUAUACGUUAACACUGCACAACCAGCUCGAAACCGCCCAGGUUGACAAGGAACUGCGCGACCUAACAGAAAAGCUGCGCAACGUCACCAACGAGCUCAAAGAUCUGCAACAGGACAGUGUCGAUGACAGCGCUGCCGUCAAGAUCAUCACUUUCGUCUCGGCAGUGUAUCUACCGGGGAGUUUUGUCGUGAGCCUCUACGGUAUGAAUUUCUUCGUCUUCGACCAGGAUGCGCGGCAGAUCGUGAUUGCAAAGGAUUUUUGGAUCUUCCUGGCGACAUGGCUGCCGCUCACCGUCAUUACCGGUCUGAUCUAUGUUCUGAUUGUCCUGUUCGACGCCUGGUGGAAAGGCAAGCCUUUUCGUUUGUUUCAGCGUCCUAAUAAAGGGCGCCGCCACCACAGCAGCGAAGAAGCUGGACAGAACGAACUUGACGUUGUCGGAAAGGUUGGAUAA